AUGAGCCCAAUUGAAACCCAAGAACAAGAACUUUACAAUGACCAAGCUGGUCUAGAUCCAUCAUUGCAAGUUACUGCUAAUGCUGAAGAUGGCAAAACUACUUGUGUUGAAAUAGAAUUUGAAACUAGAGCUG